AUGUCUUUCGCACCUUCGCCCUUCCAAGAGGAUGAGCGACCAGUGAUCGUGAUCACGGGCUGUUCGAGCGGUAUAGGAGCAGCCUUGGUGAAAGAGUUUUCCAGCGCCGAAACACACAGGGUGGUAGCGACUGCGCGCAACUUGGAAUCCUUGAGGUUCCUGCCCAGCAAUGUGUGGAGGGUUCAGUUGGACGUGACGAGCCAAUCGAGCGUGGAGAGGGCUAUACACGACAUUAUCAAGGAACUGGGCAGAAUCGAUAUGCUGAUCAAUAAUGCUGGAACAAAUACCGCCGUGGGAGCUUCGGUCGAAGUAUCGCUGGAGAGGUACAGGCAGACGUUUGAUGCCAAUGUGAGUCUCUUUCUCUCAGCUUCUCACGCACUCACGCACACCCAGCUACACCGCCUCGGGUGUUUCGAGUUCGAUUUGACCUCGAGCCUGCUCGAGGCCGCGAUGGAGCUGACGCUGAUGGCGAUGAAACACGCUGAGUUGCUUUCUCGUCGCGCUUGUCAGUGCUGACAUUCACUCCAACUCCACUCUGGUCUCGAACAGUACUUUGGCCUUAUUCGCGUCACUCAAGCCGUCACGCCGCACAUGAUCAAGGCUCGCUCGGGUACCGUGGUCAAUGUGGGCAGCGUUGCCGGGUGAGCGUCGUGGCAAGGUCGAGGAGAGCUUUGAAGUUCAGUUUAGCGAAGACAUGAAGCUUACUGCUCUCGUCUCGCAGCCUAUCCCCGUUGCCCUUUGGCGCAGCCUACGCCUCGUCCAAAGCAGCCGUACAUGCCUUGUCCGACUGCCUUCGAAGCGAACUCGCAGGAUUCGGCAUCAAAGUGAUCGUGGUAGCGCCAGGAGCCAUCCAGUCAAGCAUUGGAGAUGCGGGCGCGAAAGGAAUCUCUGUGGCAGACUCUUCUCCUUACAAGAAUGUGGAGGAUAUGAUCCAGUACAGAGCAAUGUACUCUCAGAUCGGUAGGAACACGCCUGCGCACGUCUUUGCCAAGAAUAUCAGACGUGCCGUCACAAAGAAGAAUCCUAGAGCUUACGUCUUGAGCGGGUGAGUGGUGGUGUGGGAUUGCAAGUGGAACUUUUGCAUGCACCUCUUCUCAAUUCACGCGCUCCUGUCCCGGAACAUAGUGCACGGACCACAGUGGCCUUCCUCCUCUGGCUCAUGCCCGCAAGAUGGAGAGACUUUUUGCUCAGCUUCGUCUUCCAGACAUACAGGAUCGGUCGUACCGCAUGA